GACGCAAGAGUAAGAGCGCAGCUGCACUUCAGGAGGGGAGGAACUACAAGCAGACAAUAUUAAACGUGCGCACAAUCCUUUUGACUGCAAAUGUUUGAUAGAAACAACAUUAAUAUCUAUUAAGUGGAUGGUUGCAUGUGUUCUGUCCAUAAUAGACGCAUAGACGACAAAUAAUUUUACCGUAAACAUAAGAGAAAUAUAAAAUGGCUAGCAGCUGAAAUUUAACAUGCUUUCAAAAAAAGAAGAUUCAGGAGGAAAGAAAGGCUCCCACCAAACUGAACUUUACACAGAGGUCCCUGCGACAUGCCUGCCUAUUGUCUAUUCCCCUGAGUACAACAUCACCUUCAUGGGACUGGAAAAGCUGCAUCCCUUUGACGCAGGCAAAUGGGGCAAGGUCAUUCGCUUCUUGAAAGAAGAGCAGUUCAUCACUGAUGAGAUCAUCGUUCCAGCCCGGGAGGCCAGCGAGGCGGAUCUUCUUGUGGUUCACACUGCGCGUUACCUGAACAGACUCAAGAACGCUAUCUUGGAGGGCUCCAGAGAGUGGUCUCUGGUAGUUGCCACCAUCACAGAGAUCCCACCUCUCCUGUUCCUGCCCAACUUCCUGGUACAGCGCAAAGUUCUGAAACCUUUGCGAACGCAAACAGGAGGAACCAUCAUGGCUGGAAAGCUGGCAAUGGAUCGAGGAUGGGCAAUAAAUGUGGGAGGAGGCUUCCACCACUGCUCUAGUGACAAAGGAGGAGGUUUUUGUGCCUACGCUGACAUCACACUAGCAAUCAAGUUUCUCUUUGAGAGGGUGGAGGGUGUUGCCAGGGCCACCAUCAUCGAUCUAGACGCCCAUCAGGGAAAUGGCCACGAGCGGGAUUUCCUGGAUGACAGACGCGUUUACAUAAUGGAUGUCUAUAAUCGUCACAUCUAUCCAGGAGAUGGAUAUGCAAAGAGGGCGAUUAAACGAAAAGUGGAGCUGGACUGGGGCACAGAAGACAUGGAGUAUCUACAGAAGGUGGAGCUCCAUUCAGAAGGAGCACUGAAUGAAGUAAGGCCUGACAUUAUCAUAUAUAAUGCUGGCACGGACAUCCUUGAUGGAGACGCUCUGGGAGGUCUGGCUAUAUCCCCACAGGGUAUCGUAAAGAGAGAUGAGAUCAUCUUCAGGGCAGCCCGGCGACGAGGAAUACCCAUCCUUAUGGUGACAUCAGGGGGCUACCAGAAGAAGACCGCCCGCAUCAUCGCGGACUCCAUUCUGAAUCUGCACAGACAGGGUUUGAUUGGUGAAGAGGCUGUUGAGGGUGCGGGACCCUCACAUGUGCCGUUAAUGAUGACCAAAUCCACACUGGCUGCCAUUUAAGCUCUCCUGAUCUUGGACAUUGUCAAGUGUGUCAAACACACUGUUAAUUUACCUAA